AUGAAAGCGAUUAGACGGCGGUAAGUCGGGCGGCUCAGGAUUAGGAGUGGGGGAUAAAGUUGUUGAUAAGAGCCUUUCUAGACCACCGUGCUCUUAACCUUUUCGCUCUCUUGUAAACAGAAAGAUCAAAGCGCCCCCUCCUCCUCUCGCAGCCAUUCCUCAUGGGCGCCCUGCCCUGGUCUAACAGACAAACAAACUCUUUUUUCUGUGUCGUCUACUACUGUCGCCCCCUCCCCCGGCGAGACAUUCACUCACUCAUUCAUUCAUUCAUUGCUCUCCCUCUGAUGUUCUGUGUGCACCAACUUUUUCGCUUUUUUCUCUUCUUCUUCUUCUUCUUCUUCUUCUUUUACACGCCGUCAAAACGCGGGGGGCGUGGCCAGGUGAUUUGACUACUAGUUUGUAAGAUCACCGUGAGCCCGCUCGUCGUCUGACUCAUUUGCAUGCAGACACGUCUUCCCACAAUUUUCGAUUCAAAUAUUCAAAUACCAUUUCGUGCCGACACUUUCACUUCCUCGUUUUUUCAGAUCAUUUAUGUCAGACGGGGCGAGCACCUCGGCCGCGCAACCACCACAAACACACGCACAGGAAGCAGCGGCACAGCGCUCGCCGGAUCUGAUGGACAACGAUCCGUUGCUGGUGAAUCUGAAGGCGUUGCACGAGGAGACCAAGUCGGACGUCGACGAUGAGGAGCCGCACGACGAGGCGGACGGCGGACCGAAGAAGUGCUCGCCGUCGGACGGCAUCGUCGUGCACAUGAAGAAGAGCAGCGAUCCCGGACGCUUCAUGUGGAUCUGGACGUUGGGGUGAGUAGGGAGCCUAAUCCAUCUGGGUUCGGGGCUAGAGGUUGAUCCUGAACAUCUCGUUUUUGUUUUGUGCGCAUGUUUCACUCGUUAGUCACUCUCUCUCUCUCUCUCUUCUCGUCUAGCCGCGUUUGCACACCACCGCCACUCAUUAUGCAUUCUUGUGUGUGCGCCGAAGCGCGAGCCAAGUACGGGGGGAGGGGUCACGCGCCCCCCCCCUCCGUCUGCAACAUUGUGUCUCGAGGGGGGAAAAGCUCAAAAGAGCAGCGAAGAGAACACAAAGGUCACUGUCUGGUUAUUGACGUCGUGAGGGGGGUCUGAGAUUGUUCAGGGAACGUCUAGAAGCGCUCAUGUGGUAAACAAUCGGAAGAGUGCACCGCACGUCGUCGCACGUCCUUUCAGAUCAAACAUCAUGUUGUUAUUUUUUUGCUUUCUGGAUUGCAUCUGUGACACAGACACACGAUAUUCGGAUUAGAUGGGAGGAGGGGGGAUCAGAAAGCAUAGAGAGCAGAGCGUGGUAAAUAAAAUCGGUUCCAUAAUAGUUCAGUUCCUAGUUCAUCCGGGCCGGGCAAACGAGAAAAACAAAACUAAAAAAAAAGAGAACCCGGACAUCGCCUCAUUUUUGAUCGUCUACACAAACGUACGAGUGCGGGAACACAUCCCGUCUUCCGAAUAACAAAUAGUACACUAUUUUUAGGUCAAACUCUAUAAUUAACAAUGUCAAUAAUUUUCAGAAUCAAAUGCCCCUCGCUGAGCAUCGAUGGCGAGCCGUACAUGCCGAUCGAGAUUGUCGACGACGUGCUCGCCAAGGAGAGCCUCGGCGACGCCAUCUUUUUCCAGGACCUGCUGCGUAAGACAACAAAAACCGCUGGCUACAGUACAUAUGAGAAUUUCAGGAAACAAAAACGUGUACGUGCGCAUUUGCACGCAGGAGCAGUUCAAUGCGGUCGAGUCGAAGAGCGAGGUGUGCCGUCAGUUGAAGCUGACCUCGAUGAGCAUGAUGUCGCGAUCGGACAUUGAGCGCAUCAUGGGCGAGCUGAGACGCGAGAGCCGACCGACCAAGUGCGAGCACGACGAUUGGUACGUUUUGAGGUUACACUAUAGGCUUGCAGCGAUUUCUUUUUUGUCGGGCCUAUAGCUAUGGUCAAGCCUAAAGUCUAGCUGAUCUCUGAAUCUUUAAACUUUUAUGUCAUGCACCAAGCUCCUCGAUUUUAAUGAUAUUCACACCGACACUGACGACGUGCGCGUGUUUUCCUGCUCCUGAAAAGUUCCGUCCGCGACGGCGUCUCUCAAUCUCUCUCUCUCUCUCUCUCUUUCCUACUUUCCAUCACAUUUCCUGCCUCUAAUUAGUCGCCGCCGACACGCAAAGAAAGAAAGAGAGAGAGAGAGAGAGAGUGUGCGUAGGAGCCGUGUCUUGAUGAAGAUGAUGAGGAAAAAGGCCAAAGCUCAUCGUCAGUGAUGCGUCAGAGUUUGACAUGAACCGGGGGGAUCCACGGAACACGUCGAUUUUUGUAGGGACGAUGAGUAUCGCGUCCACGUCGUCCACGCCAACUUCAUCGACUACAACGAGAACUGGCUGGAGGAUAAUUCGGAUCUCGAGGAGGAUGCUCUCGAGGUACGCAUAUUAUCGAUGCUUUAGCACCUAAAGUGUACGUUUGUAGAGUGGAACUCACGGUUUUUGGUACAAAAACCGUCACAGCAUGCGGUGCAUUGUGUGCCGCGAGUGUGGCGCCAAGUUCACGCCGCCCGACUUUAUAAUGCACCAUCACUAUCCGAUACCGGCGCACGGACUCGCGCACAUUGGUUGCAAUCCGUCCGCGUGGGGCGCACUGAUCGAGGUGCACAAGGAUUCGAGGACGGCCGACAACGUGGAGGCGUGGGAUACGUUCAGCAAUGGAACCCAGCUGAUCGGCAAGAAGGAGCGGGAGUACGCGGAUGCGGAACCGCAGGCGCGACGCGACAAACUCGACAAGUACAUGACGGUGGACGAGGAGGAGGGAGAGCUGAUCCGCGCGAAGAAGAUCAAACGGGUCAGCAACAACCCGAACGACGACAUCGACAUGUGCAAGCAGAACGGAAAACUGCACAUUGCCGACUUCCUCGGUCCGUCCGGCUCAAAGGGUUUGAAGCCGAAGAACAAGUUGGAGGAGAUCAUUCUGGACUCGCUGAACAACCUCGACGAGCACGCGUUGGAGAUGCUCCUGCUCAAAGAGCCCGAGGAGUUCUUCAUGUGGAUCAAGGAGAUGGACUUUGCGAAGAAAGUGCGGCUGCAGGAGGAGCAGUGGAAGGCCAAGCUCAAGGAUCCGAACUAUCGGCCGACGGGCUCGGCGGUCUUCGAUCCGCGCAAAUCCGAUUUUGUGAACAUGCACGAGUACGAGAACGCGCCCAAAAGCACCAAGCUGGAGAUCCAACAGCUCGCCGCCAACUUUGCCCGCCUCCACCAGGAAGCGGAGAAGGGAAUCCACGGAAGUUGUUGGGAGACUAUGAAGUUGGAGAAGGCGUUGCUGAAGAGUCUCUCGCCGGAUGCGCUCCGCGUCCUCAACAACCAACCACUGCCCAAGAUGCACGUGCAGCCGAUGCUCCCCAUCUUCCCCAACCUGAACCUCCUCCAGCUGGCCCAACAGAUUAUGGGCUCCGGCGGUGUGACACUGCCGAAGCUCAUGAUCCCGAUGGGCCUUCCGACUCCUGUGCAGACGCCCGUGCUCACGCCGGUCACUCCGACUACGCCCCUUCUUCACACGCCCAUUCCGAUGGUGCCCGCUCCUCCGUCGACCGAUUUUUUGGUUCGUUUGAGAGCCACAGCGAGUACGGUAUAGCAAUACGGUUAUUUUCAGCUCAAACAACUUUCGCUGCUCUCCUCGAAUCCGGCGCUCUUUCCGAUGACAUUCUUCCCGAAGAUUCCGAUGGAACAACUCUCAAAUCAAUUGAAUCAGAUUCUGAAAGCGACCAAAGUUCAGAAUUAGACCCCCACACUUGCCACGUUGUUGUACAAAGUGAUAAUGAUGAAAUGUUAUGUACAUAGAAACGCUAACCUUAAUUAAUUAUAUUAAUGAAUGAACGCUAGACGUAUCUAACCUCCCCAUUCUCUCUCUCUCUCUCUCUCUGUCUCGCCACUUGCCAUAUAGGUACCUCUUCUUCUAUCAUUUUCCUCUUUCCUGUCUUCCCUCCUAUCCCUGUCCAUACGCAACUAUUACAUGUAUCUCUGAUAACGUCCACACACACCCAUCCACACAAAAACAUCCAAACCAGCCAAAACUUGUAUGUAUCUACUCGGUUACUCGUCCGUCCGUCCUCGCGCCUCGCAACAACAACUCCAGAGUUUUACACAAUCCCUCCUCAUUCGCACCUAUUUAUUCGCCCCUUUUUGUCGGUCGUUUCCGGUUCAAAAACGUCUAUUGUUCAAUUGUACAUCUCAUGGACAGCUUCAUGUUAUCGGUAUACCAGCCACAGCAAUGAAUCCUUCUUCUUCUGUAACUUUUUGUACACGUUUUACCGAGUCAGAUAAUCCGAUUCGAGUUUCUAGAAUUUCAGGCCAUUUUUUGCGGUGAUAAAGACCGCGUCGGACUAGAAUUACGGGCCGAAAAAACCGGUAACACUAUCCAGAAAUACAGUGCCCCGCCGAAAAAACCCGUUCACUAACCUGUAAGAAACAGUAAUUAGUCAUCGCAGAACCACUCGUCCACACAAGUAUAAAAGAAGAGAAAACCGAAAAAGAUAGUAAAAAUGUUGGCAAACUCGUCGUCUUCCUCCUCGAAACUUCUCUAUCACUUAUCCUACACUUCUACCGUACUUCUCAUCACUUCUCUGACUUUUUUGGCGUAUUUCGCAACGGAUUUGCGUGGAUUCGAGGAGGACGCCAAACUUCAGCUGGAUCUGUUUCAGGCGAGCCUUUUUUUUUGGUUAAAAUGGCAACGAAAACGUUUAGAGCUUUGAACAGGCGGCUUGGAAAGAUAUUAUCCGGCUGGAAAGAUUGCAUACGAGGACCAGAAGACAGGUACGUGGCCUAGAAGCCGCAAAUUUGGAGUGGCUAGGCCACCAGACUUUGAAAGUGUACUGUAGCGCUAGGAAAUGUUUCAGUUUUUGUAUUUUUGUAGUUGUCAACUUUUUUCUACGGCCACUUCCUGGGCUACUGUAGCGCUUGGAAGUUAGGGAUAUUUUGAGGUGCCUUAGACUAGUCCCAACUUCAAAGAGCUACAGUAUGUGGUUGUAGAAAAAAGCGGUCAACUACAAAAAUACAGUACUAGACAAGAACUUUGCAUUUGUAGUUGACAACUUUUUUGUACAACCACUCCCUGGGAUACUGUAGCUCUUGGAAGUUGGGAUAACUUUAGCGCUGUGAAAUUGUGUCCCAACUUCCAAGAGCUACAGUAACCCAGAGUGUGGUCGUAGAAAGAAGCGAUCAAUUGCAAAAAUGUAGUACUAGAAACGAAGAAUUCAUAAAAACAAAUUUGGGAGUGAUUGGACAUGGCCAAACGCAGAAAUACGCGUUCAAAAUAGACCAUUCGAUUUUCAUUGGAAAUUGUUGAACUUGCAGACGCCUCAAUCGUCGCUGAAAAGGCCGCGGAAAGCUCGAAAAUCAAAGUGGCGAAAAAAGGAGCGAAAACCGAAAACGUGGCUGCGAAAACAGUAUGUGCCGGUGGCGGAGGAGCUCGCGGAGCUCAAUGAGUACCGAAAUUCGGAUUGGAGUCGAGAGGAGAAGUACGAGAAUCAGGGAGAAGAAGAGGAAGAAGAAGAAGAAGCGAAGAAGAGCGAAACGGACGGAGAUGGGGAGGAAAAGGAAGAAGAAGUGGAAGAAGAGGUAAGUUAGUGGUGGCCUAACUUUCCCAAGUGAAUUUUCUAGGCCGCCAUCACGAGUUUGGAAGAUUCUGAAGAUUAUGAAGAGGUAAACGCGACAGAAGUCAUCAGAAAUAUGUCGACGAGGGAAAUGAAGAACGGGUACACGAACGGACUGGCCCAAUUGUUGGAAGUGCAUAAUGACGAUGAUGAAGAGGAAGAGGAAGAAGAAGAAGAGGGAGAAGUGGAUGGUAGUGGGCGAGAAAUUGGAGAAGAGGAGGAGGGGGAGGAGAAGGAGUGCGGUGAGUGUGACCUUUAUGACCGCCUCGGUGCCCCAAUUCUCUCGCCGCCCGCACAGGUAAAAUGCGGAGGAAGCAUAUGCUUCAAAAAUGCCUCAAAAUGCCAUAUGCUCGCAUAUAGGAUCCACAUAGGAUCCUCCGCGAGCGAAAAGCAAGAUAUGCCUCGCGCGUGCGUAGAAAGGGGAACUUCGGCUGCCGAAUCGCGCACGGAUGAAAUAUGCUUUCAGUCAUGCGGUAUCACUCGCUAUGCGUCGCGGCUUCGAGUGCAUUGAGCGAGUUCCUCCAUAACUCGAAGAGCAUAAUUCGUAGAAAAUAAUGGUCAACUACAAAGUUGAUCAGCAUGAGAUUUACUACAACUUUUCAGUUAAUUACUUCUUCCUGCAACGUUUAGUUCUUGAGAUACAGGCUGUUGAAAUGGUUAGUGAGUCGUAUCACAAAAACGAGCUGACUUGCAAACAGGUUGUCAACUGAAAAACUAUGCACAAUGUCUUUAUCAAUAAUUCAUUAGUUGACAACGUAGCUAUAUCUUUACUAGAUUUCGAGAUACAGCAAGAUUUAGAACUAUUGUUUUCAUCGGCCUGUAUCUCAAGAACUAAACGUUGCGGGAAGAAGUGGUCAACUGAAAAGUUGGAGUAAAUCUCAUGCUGAUCAACUUUGUAGUUGACGAUUAUUUUCUACGAACUAUGCUCUUCGAGUUAUGGAGGAACUCGCUCAAUGCACUCAAACGCAGUUCCCACAUGAACCGAACGGCAGCACGAGCGGCACCACAGAAGCGGCGGGCAGCGGCAUGCUUCCCAAGCAUUUUUCUGUGCGUCGAAACUUCUGGUGCGUGCCGUCGGAAGAAAACUGAUUUAUCUUACCCGUUUUCUUCAGGAUCGUGUUUAUAACGAUAAAAACUAACAAAGAGCAACAAGAAACUCCCAGAAAUGUAUAUAGGUCACUGGGAAAAAACCGUUUUGCGAAAUAUGGCAGUUUCGUGCUUGCUUUUUGUGUCUCUUUGUUAGUUUUCAUCAUGAUGAACUCGUUCCCAAAAAAGCAAGUGAAAUGAAUCAGUUUUCUUCCGACGGCACGCAUCAGAAGUUUUGGCGCAAAGAAGAAGGCUUGGGAAGCGCGCCGCCGCCCGCCUCCCGCCGCUCGCUCGCGCUCUCCGUGUUCCGAGACUUUAGAUGCGUGCCGUCGGACGAAUACCUAUUCGUUUCACCCGUUUUCUUCGGGAACGUGUUUAUAUUAAUCAAAACUAACAAAGAGCAACAAGAAACACGCACAAAAUUUCCGAGGUUCAGCACGAAAACAGCUGAAAUGAAUCGGUAUUCGUCCGGCGGCGCAGAGAAAGAGGCUUGGGAGGCGCGCCGCCGCCCGCCUCCCGCCGCUCGCUCGCGCUUUCCGUGUUCCGAGACUUCUGAUGCGUGCCGCCGGAGAAAUACUGAUUCAUCUUACCCGUUUUCUUCAGGAACGUGUUUAUAAUGAUCAAAACGAAGAAAGAGCAACAAGAAACUCCCAGAAAUGUCUAUAGGUCACUUCAUUAUGAUGUAAACUAACAAAGGGACACAAAAAGCGCUCACGAAACAGCCAUAUUUCGAAAAAAGCUAUUUCUCCAUUGACCUAUACACAUUUCUCCGAGUUUCUUGUUGCUCUUUGUUAGUUUUGAUCGUUAUAAACACGUUCCUGAAGAAAACGGGUAAGAUGAAUCAGUAUUUCUCCGGCGGCACGCAUCUGAAGUCUCGGAACACGGAACGGGCGGCAGGCGGCAGGCGGCGGCGCGCUUCCCAAGCCUUCUUCUUUGCGCCGCCGGACGAAUACCGAUUCAUUUCAGCUGUUUUCGUGCUGAACCUCGGAAAUUUUUUGCGUGUUUCUUGUUGCUCUUUGUUAGUUUUGAUUAUUAUAAACACGUUCCCGAAGAAAACGGGUGAAACGAAUAGGUAUUCGUCCGACGGCACACAUCUAAAGUCUCGGAACACGGAGAGCGCGAGCGAGCGGCGGGAGGCGGGCGGCGGCGCGCUUCCCAAGCCUUCUUCUGUGCGCCAAAACUUCUGGUGCGUGCCGUCUGAAGAAAACUGAUUCAUUUCACUUGCUUUUUUGGGAACGAGUUCAUCAUGAUGAAAACUAACAAAGAGACACAAAAAGCAAGCACGAAACAGUCGUAUUUCGAAAGGAACGAUUUCUCCAUUGACUUAUACACAUUUCUGCGAAUUUCUUGUCGCUCUUUGUAAGUUUUCCUCAUUAUAAACACGUUCCCGAAGAAAACGGGUAAGAAGCCUGAACUUUCUUGUUCUCUCACUGUCUUCCCUGAAAAAUCUCGAUGCUACUGUAGGGAUGCAGAACAAGCGAUUUUAGGAGCCUGAGCCUGUUCUGCAUCCCAGGCUAUGUUACUAAUAUGCUGGUUAGUCGCUGAGCUCGCCCAUUUUGUCAUGCAAGCCUCUGGUAGCAGCAUCAGCAGGGACGGGAACACAGGUAAGCGCGCGCAUUAAUACGGGAAGGGUCACGGGUUCGGGUUUGUGGGAGGUUUCGUGGCGCGCGCGUCGCGUUUUCCAUUUUCGGGUGGGAAAGCAUAAAGCAUCCGCCGCGAAAGCACAAAGGAUCCGGCGCAUUCCAAGCAUAAUGCUUCCAUAUGGUAUUCCUAUGUUUUCCACGCGCGAUCCGCGUUGAAAGCACAUUGGACCCAUAUGCUUCCUCCGCAUUUUACCUGUGCGGUUAGCUCAGUCGGUAGAGCACCAGACUCUUAAUCUGGUUGUCGCGGGUUCGAGCCCCGCAUUGGGCUUAGUUUUUUCGCUUUUUCGGAUUUGGAUAAUAUUCAUUGUCAACAUGUUUUUGUUCGAAUUGAAAUCGAUGCCAUUGUCCAUUUAGUUUUCGUGUUAGGAGACGUCAAAAUGAUUCUUCACAGCUCAAAACUUGUACUUUUCAGCCGACACCGAUCUCAAAUGCCCCGGAAACCCUUGUCCACGCGGUCCGCCCGGUCCCCCAGGCCUUCCGGGUCCUCCGGGAGAGAAUGCGGAUGAUGGUGUGGACGGGAACAACGGAACCGAAUGGGAACUGCUCGCUCAGGACCGAGUCAUCAUUCUCGGCUGUGUGAAGUGUCCCGCUGGUCCCCGUGGAAUCGAGGGAGAUCCGGGACCGCCGGGCGACAAGGGAGGCGUCGGAAAGCCCGGUCAACCGGGUCUCGACGGAUACGAAGGCUUUCCGGGACCAAGCGGACCGGAGGGAGAAGGCGGCUACGAUGGAGAGAACGGACCGAACGGAUGGCCAGGGCCCCGAGGAGAAGACUCGAAGAUCUACAGAAACCUGCAGGGACCACCAGGCCCGACUGGGGUAUUCGGACCGCCCGGGGAGUAUGGGGAGCAGGGGAAUGUGGGCAGUGCGGGCGCUGAGGGAAUUGCUGGAGUCACGGGAGCACCCGGAGAACACGGAAUACCCGGACCGCCUGGAGCACCCGGACUGGUAAGUUACGCCAUUUAUCUACGUUGUUAGUCGAAGGCCGCAAUUUUUGAGGUUCCAGAACAAUACCAGCUUUAAACGUGUACUGUAGCGUUAGAAGACGUCCAAUCAGUCUCAAAAUUUAAUUCUGAAAUCUUGACAUGUAAUAGUGUACUUUUGUAGUUGAGAACUUUUUUCUAGAACCACUCCCUGGGGUACUGUAGCUCUUGGAAGUUGGGAUAACUUUAGCGCUGUGAAAUUGUGUCCCAACUUCCAAGAGCUACAGUAAUCCAAAGAAUGGUCGUGGUCAAAAGUUGUCAACUAUAAAAAUGACAUAAAUAACAUUUGCUACACUUUUCUAAUUGACACUUUUUUUGUACGUCCACUCCCUGGAGUACUGUAGCCUUUUGAAGUUAGGGCUCCUUUCUAGUGCCUUCCAAGCACUACAGUAGCCCAGGGAGCGGUCCUAGAAGAAAGUGACCAACUGCAAAAACACAGUACUAGACAAGAUUUAUUCACAAAAAAAAUUGGAAAGCACCAGAACCUUUUCUAACCCUACAGUACCCGUUCAAAGUCACCCAUGCCCAAUUUUUCCGUUUGCAGCCCGGAGAAGCGGGUAUCUCCGCUGCUCUGCUCUUCUCCGGCCAGUGCAAGUGCCCGGACCGUCGCCGUCCGAUCGGCGGUGGCAACCCGGUCCCCCGACCGUACUACCAACUACCGUACACCACCACAGAAUCGUAUUAUCCAUCCCCGGAAUACGUCACAACUACCGAAGCCCCGCCCACCACUUCUGUCUAUCGAUAUUAUGUGAAAGCGGGCUUAUCGACCACCACUCCGGGAUAUUAUCCGUCUCCGUCCGAGGAGGUCCCAACAACCACUGCUGAAUCCACGUAUUCGGCCGAAAAAGAGAGUUUGUACGUGGAAGGAUAUUAUCAGCAGCACAAUCUGCCCACUUCUCAUCAUUUCAUCGAAAAUAACGAGGUUUGUUUGUGCUCAAAUUUGUUUGGGCAAAUUGGGAAAAGUUCAAAAUUUCCAGAAUUCGCAAUUCGAGCCUCCAGAAGACCACGCGGCAAUUCACCAAGAGGCCCGCAACAAAUGA